AUGCCACUACUACCAUUACUACCAUUGAUAGUGUCGAUAAUACAUAAUUCAGAGUCGUCGCUGAAUUUUACACUGUCAAUGUUAUCAGUGCCGGCGAUGUAUACAAAAUUCAAAGAAGGUCAAAAACAACCAAAUAAUAAUUCAUUAAAUGAUAAGAAGGUAAUGUUUAGAAGUCUUUUUGGUCAAUUAAUAUGUUCAGCUAAUUAUGCGACAUCAAUAUAUCAUAUUUGA